UUUCCUUUUAAGUUAAAUGAUCGCUUCGUUAAGAGUUUCUCAGAACUUUCUCGAGUAAGCUUCGUCUUGGGUUUAGGUUUACGGCCUCGCCUUCUUCAGCCGUUAUCGUCAGACCAAACGGGGCGGGAAAACCUAGUGCGAACGGCCGUACGAAAUUACUUGCGUGAAUAUCAAAGGAAGCCGACAGAUGCAAGGUAAACGUAGCUGGCUAAAACUUUAGCACUGUAAACUUCAAUAGAGUAGUUAUUAAAGCAGGGGCACCCAACGAUAAUAUAGUUCAAAACCACUUAAACAUAGCAUUGUUACAAUUAUUUUAGUAUUUAAACGGUACAUAGAGGCAUAUUUUUAUCCCCUAAAAAGUUUUCUUCUGUUCGGAUUUCGUAGCUGAAAGUCUAGUGAUCCGAAAAUUAUAGGGAUCAAAACUUACCUUUUCGAAAAUUUCAGCCAGAAAAAAGGCUCCCGAAAAUUAUAUGUGAGCUUUUUAGGGUAAAAAUCCGUAAAAAUGGGCAAUUAUACCAUUUUUUAGAUGUUCUAAAAUCCUAGGAGAAGCAGGCAAGCAAGAAAUUUUACAACUGUGAAUGUUCCGAAAAUUCUAGAUGUCAAAUCUUCUUCCGAACAGAUAUUUUCCGAAAAUUGACGUUGGGUGCCCCUGUCAAAGUAUGAACGGGACUUUUAGAUGCCUAGUGGCGCCUCAUCGCCCGAAUCCACUGGUUCCUUUUCUCCAGAUUGAGAAAAUAUUUCGUACUCUUUUCACCGUGUUCACACCAUCGCACCCGUGCGCGAAUUAUAAUACCUUGAAGUUUUUCUUCAUAUAAAUGUUCUAAUUUUUCUUUCGCCGUAUUAGAAUCGCUUGCGUUUUUAUUGGUAGGAUCGCCUUCGAAGGUUUGCUUUGCAUUGUUAAACUCAUCUUGCAAUAUGUCUCCCUUAUCUUUUUUUCUCUUUUGCUUUACGUUUUGAAAACUGUAUUGCUUGUGCUCUAAGAUUAUGCUUAAUCCGAUCCCAAAUACAUCUGUGAUCCGGCAGGUCACACCCGCGCCCCUGGGCUAGCCAGACAGACAUUUUAGCCGUAACCUCCCUUUGCUAGUUAUCAUCAUCUAGAAGAAAACAGUUCAUUUUCCAGUAACCCGGACCUUUAAUGUGGUUUUGACUAAUAUUAAAAUCCAAGGAAAUGUCUGCAUGGUCGGUUUUAAUGGCUGGAAGAAUAUCCGUUACUGAAACCGAAUCUUGAAGGUUAUUUGAAAUCAGCCAGUAGUCUAAGCGGCAUAAAAUUAAAUCAUUGGCGAGUUUCGAAACUUUUUAGAGAAGGAUUUUUAAUUCUCCAAAUGUCAACAAAUCAAGUUCGUCUCGCAAACAAUCAAUCGUUUCAAUAACUGAUUUCCUCGGUAACAUUGUACCACCUUUUUUUUAUCUAGGGCUGGAUUCAGCGGAAAUUAAAAUCACCCCCUAUAAUUAUAUUUUCCGCUUUGUCCGCCAGAUUCAGGGGCACCCAAUGGAUCUGUUCCUCAAAAUAUCUGUUCUUCAGGCACAUUUUUGCUGGCUGGGAGAUGUGAAAGAAGUAAUAGUCCUUGGAAGGAAAGUGUUGCUGGAAAAAAGAUAAUUCAGGGUGUCAGAGGGGAUUUGAAGUCUAGAAUAGCUGCUACGGGUUACUUGUAUGGGUUACUUACCACUCAAGAUCUGAAUUGUGCCCUAUGAAACUUCCCAGUAAGUUAGGUUGCAGGUUGUAAGGUUGCUGGCCGGGAACUCUUCCAUCAGUCUUGCUGGGAGUGAGGAACAGAUAAUUUUUUUUCCAGCAAUCUCCCAAAAUGCUUAAAAUAGUCUCAGAAAACUUUAUUCACGCUUUGUUGUAGUUUUUAGGUCUUUUUCUGAAAAUUUCCCGUUGGGUGCCCCUGCAGAUUUUCAUUUUGGAGUAUCGUUCUCAGAAUGUUAAGAAAGUUUACAAUGUCUUUAUCCUUAUUCGGUGCAUAGAUAUUUUAAAAUCAGCACGUACAAUUUGUCCAGACCGUUUAUGGACUCAAGUUUGUCAAAUUGAAGUGAAAUCGAUUCCACCAAGACAGCGAUAAACAAAAAUGAAUUUGAAAUCAGUAAAAAACGAGAUUUGUAACAUCUAGACCUGCCAUUGAAUAUCCAUCAUAUGGAACUUUUAAACUGUGAAGUGUACUAAUUCUGUAUGUUUGAACUCAAAUAAAACGCAAAUAAAUUUUAAACCUUAUAUUUUCAAUAGUUGUCAUAAAUGAACGAAGGAGUGAAUUCUAAAUCACCCUCUCAAGUUACUCUGAAGUAGCAUCAUAGUGAAUAUGCCGGCUUUAUCACAUUUUCAUAUGCUAGGAAAUUUGGUGAAAUUUUCUUUUUUGCGAUCUUGAAAACUAACCUUUUCUCUGUGCGGCUUUAUGCAAAAGGAUAAUAGCAUUAUGGGAAAUGAACUUGCAGAAAUUUGAGUGGGGGUACCUCGCCCUGCGUAUUUGAAGAAUGAAGCCGAGCUUUUUUCAAUUCCGAAAGAUAGUUAAGAGUCCCAAGUUCAAAUGUACUUCCUCCCAACGGUUUUUCUUUGGGUCCUUCGGUUUCCUCUCUCCUCAAAACACCAUACUUCCAAAUUCCAAUUCGAGGCAGAUUUCUACGAGCCUGCGAAAACAUCCGUUUCUCCUCGCUCUUCGCCCCUGGGGACGUUUCGGGCUAGAUUUCUACAAAAAAGGAGCGGACUUUUUUCGACUUUUUCAUCAAACCAUUUGAAUGCUUUCUUGGCCAAUUAUUACUCUCCCCCUAGGAUAAGUUGCAGUUCUUAAGUAUGCUUCAUGUAAUACCAAAAAGAAGCAGUAUUGAUUAAAAGAACAUUAUAGCCUACUUCGCAGACACUCUAAACCAACAACCACCUACAAUGAAAUUCCAACAACCACCUACAGUGAACAGUGACACUUACCACCAGCAGGAAUAUCGAAAGAAUGCCUUGUGAUCAUUUCUCGAGUCAAGUAACCUGAAGCCGUUUCGUUCAUAUCUCUUUGUUCAGACCAUCUCUGAUGUUUUUUUUUUUCUCUUUAAGUUAGCUAAAUUUGUAUUACAGCUUUUGAUUUUUGCAUUUAAAUAAUAAAGCUUAUCUUAUAAAGAUAUUAAAUAACAAUCUUUCUAUAACUUCUUUACUGACACUAAAACACAAAUGGAACAAAUCGGAUUAUUUCAUAUCCCUUGCAUCAUAGACCAAAUUGGACUCAUUCAGUUCUACUAUCACUAUUUAUAAUCAUAAUUUAUUGUUUCAGUUCUCAAAGGAAAGAAAGGGGAACAAAUAUGAGGUUUUUGUGGACUUGUCUUAGAAGGAGACGGCCGGGACCACUUGACACGUGGUCCUUUUUAUUCGGUAUAGUGAUUUCAAGCCUACCUUUCAUGGGCUAUUUCUUGUUAGGCCCUCAUUGUACAUGUUCGUCUGUCCCUGCUAACUUGUUUACCAGAAAACAAAGCCGACUGGAUUUGGUGGCAUCAUUAUCAAAAGAGUUAUCUUCGUUACCAACAUGCCCGUACAAUCCAAGCUUCCUGAUCCGUGGGACGAUCGCAAGGUAUUCUGGCUGGUGGCGUAUCAACGAAUCACUAGUUUUUCCAAGAGACGACACAAACAUGUUGAAUAGAGGCAGCCCCUGGCAUUGGUUCCAGCCCAGUCCCCUUGCGGACAGGAAAAAAGUCAGUGUGGUUGUGAAUAAGCUGUUGACUACCUUUCAGUCAAGGUAUGAAGUAGAUUCUUCAUAGAUCCUUUAUAGCGGACCUCUCGCGCGCGAAGCGCGCCAGCGGAGCACCAUGGGUAAGAAAAUUUGGUAAGCUAUCCAUCUGAGAAAAUUUGGUUAUGACGUAGCUUACGAACGAGCGUCCGUACACCCACUACAUGUAAGACGAUGCCAAAUGUCAGGUUAUUUUAGCGGGAAAUCGUAUGGCCACCCGCGUCUUGUGAAGCAGACACAACAAAAGAGUCAAUAAAGACGAGAACGGAAAGCGGAAAAUGUUUCUGUAUCCGUGUUUUUUUUUUCAAGUAUUAAGCUUAGAUUAAUUGUAAUGUCCACAGAUUUGGAAUAUAGAGAAAGAGAAAGACAGAGAAAAAGAGAAAGUAGGGCGACAGGCCAGCGAAACUUCAAUGAGAAAAGGAGCUAGAGCGAGAGAGAAAAAACAAAAGGAGACAUUUUCUUUUGGAGGAACAAUAUGAAAUUUUAUAGCGGCGGGAUACCAGCGGCCACCAGGGUGAAAAUGAGCGACAGUGAAAAAAGAGUGAACAAGAACACGUCCGACAUUCCCUCCAUUAAACGUGUAACUAGGAAGUUUCUGGAAGUUUCACGUAACAGUCGUGCAAAACAACGGCAAAGAAAUGUACAAAAAAGGUGUACUGCACCUACAAAGUUGCUUUUUUGCUAAUUAGACCUAUUGUUGUUGUUUUUUUUUUUUCAACGUUCUAGUUACCUUCGCCGCUUAGCAUGACACGAUUCUAUAUUUUGUUUGAGCAAACUAUAAAAAUUAUCGAAAGCUUCGCUUUUAGCCCUUGCUAAAUCUAUAUAUUUCUCAUGAACGAUGAGAGGGCAGCAAUAUGUGUCCCUGUUUUUUCUUACGUUUCCGCUUUAAGAUCCGUAAAAAUCCAUUUAUCAAAACACGAAACAGAUCACCACAGUCAUUUCUCCAACAGCCACUGCACUUUUCCAUGCUACUUUUAUCGUCAGCUGGGACCUUUAUGUGAACCUGUUAAUCAUGAGCAAUACGCGCGAACUUAACUUCCUGUGCAAUUUUACAUUCUUUACUCAAAUGGGAAAUAAAAAUAAUCCUGAACAGUCCCCUUAACAGUUUUAAGGAAGCUCGGACCGGCGUCAUGCAGUAUAGAACGCGUCACUGACUGCCGCUGUCAGUCAUGUUGUCACCCACCAAAGCAAUAGAGAUCUUAAGAUUUUAAGAGGACGAGGCCGACUACGCCGGGAGGACGUGCCGGAUUUUCUAGACCCUGUUCGACUUGUUCUAGACUCUUAUAAGUGCGCGCGAGUGAGCCAACGUCAUAGGUAAUGGCCGUCGUAAAUCUAACACCGACGACUUUUAGCAAGUGCCGAGGUAACCAAAACGAAUUAUUAUCAUUAUCACCAACCCUAAGAAAACUCAACGCGUUGAACAAAAAUAACCGUGUUGAUCUUUCUGGUGAAAAAAAGUACAAUGACGCUUUCCGAAGUGUCUUUUGUUUUUAGAAUACGCUAAAAAAAUUUAAGUUAAAUCUCGCCUAUGUAGUUGUCCGGGUCGCCCUCGAAUCUAAAGAUCUCUAAUGAUGAUAUGCGCAUAGCCUGAGUAGCAGACGUGAAAACGGGUAGGGCCGGGUUAUAGGGGAAAAAGGGAGGGAGGCUGGGGAGAGUGGGUUUUGCGCUUUUCUUCCUCCCCUCCCCCUCCCCUUUUCGCAUAAGUGCACUUAUACCACACAACGUAGACUUUAACUCAACCGGUAGUUCUUCAAUUCUCCUGGUGGUUCUCGUCUUUCAUUUCUUUCCUUUGUUUUCUUUUUUAGGAAGAAUUACUUAAAAAAAGUCUACAAAGUGAUACAAAAAUCAGACCCCGGAAAUGGCGAUCGGUUUUUGUUGGAUCUUGCACUUGGUUUAGUGCAUGACCCGUUGAAUCGAUCAAUUCGCUUUGCACAACACGUGUACCAGAGAAACGGAAGUGAUAUAUUGUGCCAUCCUGAAGGAAUGAACUGGAACAGCAGCGCCACAGUAUAUUUAAUUCUCGCUGUCAAGGAUCAAGGACUAUGGGUACAUCAUUUCCUCAAACAGCUCACCAUUGCGAGCUUAUUAACCGGUGACACGAACUUUCACGUCAUAAUCGCUGAUUUUCAAAGUAAAGAUAUUAACAUGAGCGAGGCGUUUAGCACAUCGCUACUCCGAAGUAGGCAUACAAUCAUUAAUUUAAUGGGAAAAUUUUACAGGACUCUUGCCUUAAACAAAGCAGCCGAAGCAGUGCCUAAUGCGCAUGACAUACUUUUCGUGUUUGACCUUCACAUAGAUGUGCCUGCAGACAUCAUGGACAGCGUUCGAAAGGUUAUUCUAUUCAUAAUACUCACUACCUGAUCUGUCUUCUCAUUCUUUAAAAGUCUUCAGUUAAUUUUGGAAAUCAGCGCAACCUGAAGGUACGGAAAAACGGGCAACAAAAAACAUGCAACUUGUCUUCUGUAACGUUGCUACAAAACGAGUUGAAGGGCGAUGUUGGGCCUUUUACAACCCACAUAAAACCUGUCUUGCAACAAAUAAGGCUGUUAACAGGUUUGAACAAGCAUGGCAAAACGCGCAACAUCUUUAUUCAAUCGUCUGCAGCAAUGUUGCAAAACGAGUUGCACGUUAUUGUUGCCCGUUUUACCGAAGCUUAAAGAUUUAUCUGCUAGCAUGUGGCGGAUUGACUAAUCUGUAGGUUGUUUGCGCAAUGCAUGAUGUCAAUCUGUGUUCCGUGUGACCGUUAGUCUGCUACAUAGCCGUUUUUAGUGUCGUCACGCAACGCUCCACCCCCAAAACACCGUACAUUUUUAAAACAACGGAGCAUAAUAUCUUCUUUAAACUGCCCUAAGGACAACCAGUAUCAAAUUCCACCUUGUCAUUACGGGUAUUGGGUAUCGAACCCAGUCCUUUCGGCUCCGAAGGGCAAGCGUUUCUCCACUUACGAGGAUGAUAGAAAGGACCUUACAAAUUCAUUCAUUCAUUCAUUCAUUCAUUCAUUCAUUCAUUCAUUCAUUCAUUCAUUCAUUCAUUCAUUCAUUCAUUCAUUCACCGACAAUAGCAGAGAGCCUUAAGCUAGUAAGUUCAAAAAGAAUAAUCAAGGUCGAGUAAGUGAUAUCAUCCGAGACCUUUGGCUGAUAACACUUACCUCGAACUUGAUUAUUCCGGAUAUCACAGAAACCUCAUCCAAUAAUUGUUGCUAACUAGUUGACUUCCCUUUUCCUUCUUUAGCUACAAAACUGGUGUAGUCUGCGUCACAGAUGACGUACAUAUGUAAUUUAACCUCAGUUAGUAACGUCUGCGAAGCAUCCAUAUUCUGGGCAUAUUCUGGGAACUGGGCACCCAGCGGACUCAACGAAUUACCGGAAGUGCGUCUCGAAUUUCCUUUCAACGUGAUUGGCAAAUCGACAAUCAUGGCGCGUACUCAAAUCCUGAAACACAGCUGGAGACCCAGCCUCGUACCCAGUCGCUCGCGAUCACUUUUGAGGGAUAUUUGAGAAAGCCCUAGUUCGUUUCCAGCAUCCCCCGUUUCUCGCUUGUCUCCAGCUCUCGCGUGUUCCCCAAUCCCCGCUUAGCCUUGGGAAAACCUGUGGAGGAGGCAGGCUGGAGACCCAGAACAAGGAUUUUGGCGCUGUUUCGCAGACGGACUCAACCAGGGUUUAGUUUCGUCUUUGGCGAAGGCUAAACUGGUGCCAAGUGAAAAACUAAGAUCACCAUUCAUACCUCAGAAAAAGGCUUCUGGAAAAAGAUUAAAACAAUGAAAUCAAAUAGUAGUAAAUAUUAUCUCUCCUUCUCCUUAGAACACUAUUGCAGGUCGUAUGGUUUAUUUCCCGGCAGUGGGCCGCCUAGAUCAAGGAAGUAAUUCUGUGGAACAUCGAGGUUUCUGGCAAAUGGAUGGGUACGGACUAGUGGCGAUGUAUAAAUCAGAUUGGAUAAGAGUAGGAGGUAAGACUAAAAUAAUUUAUCCUUUGCCAAAACUAGGGUAAAGCAUUUUCUCACACCAGAAUAGAACGGAAAAGUAUAACGUCACGUUACCACGGUAGCAAGAUUUGUGGGUCACAACAAUAGGGAGUUUUUGCUACCAUGGUAACGUGACGUAACGGCUUCUCCUCUCUGUUAAGUUCAGUUAAGGGCGAGAAGAGGCAUUCGUCACGAGAGGGAAACUGGGCCCAAUUAAAUUUCGCAAAGACUUCUGGGACCGCUAUAAGAAACAAGGGAAAAAUCCGGCCCGUAUCCAGUAACAAUCUCAGAAAUAACUGCAGUGUCAGUGAUAUGGGCAUCCCCUUCUCAUAUAGAGAGAAGAAGUGUGACGUCACGUUACCAUGGUAGCAUAAUUUUAUGAAUCACAACAAUAGGAAGCUUAAGUAACGACGACGGAGAUAGCAACGAGAACGACCAAAAAGUAAUAAGUUUAGAUAACAAAACAACAACUUUGCACGUGCAUCACGCUUUUUUGUACAUUUCAUAACCGUCGUUGCACGAAUACGACGUGAAACUUCCUAAUUUUACGCGCCCGCUUUGUAAAGUAGUUGAACACAGCGAAUUUUUUUUUUCUUUUUCUUAACCUAAAUACGGUCCUCUUGGAUUCAACCCCAGAAAAUUUAGCUAACAUUUGACAAAUUGAUUGAAACUAAAUAAGAUCGAUAAAGUCUUAAACGGUGCGAAUUCACUUUUUAAGUGACGUUUAUCGGUUUGUUGUCAUCCAGAAAUUUUGCUACCGUGGCAACGUGACGUAACGACUUCUCCUCUCUAUUACUUCAACGGUCUGGGUUAAGGUUAGGGUUGGGUCGUACUGCGUCGCGAAAUUCGAUCAAAUUUGGACAAAAUGUUGGAAGCUGAAGGUUUCUCUACCUCUAGGACCUCUUUUUGUCUCGCUUUUACGCUCAACUGAAAGUAACAAUCACGAAUUAUGGAAUAUCCGUUUCAUAGAAAGACAUCGCGCCUGCUUUUUGGACUGAUAUAAGCCGCAUCUGUUUUAUUUUCGUUUCACACUUCGAACAUUUUAAUAUUUUUUGACUAUUUUUGUUCUCUUCUUGUUUUCACUGCGCAUGUGUGUUCAACUAGGAAUGAAUACUAAAGACUACAAAUACAAGUGGGGCGGAGAAGACUGGGAUCUACUCGACCGCGUGUUAAUGGCGUCACUUGAAGUAGAGCGAAACAAGUACCCAGGCCUCUAUCAUCACUACCACUCCCCCAAAAAGUGGAAUUAG